GAACGCUCCCACAUCAAAAUUAAAGGAACCAAAUUUAAGAUAUUAACCCACCAAUCCCCAUCCUUAAUUCCCCAGAUUAAUUCACUUCGCCAUCAUCUGUCGUCUAAUCACUUAAUCGCAAUGCAUACUACUGUUGUAAACUAUAGGUACAAACGAUCAGCCUCUAGGUUGACAGUAGGUGCACACUUGUUUGGCAUCUUAGCAAUCAUACUUAUGCUUGUUUGGCUCCUGCAUUACCGUGGUGGCAUCGAUUAUGAUUCUGACAAUUCAGAUCGAGUUUUCAACGUUCAUCCGUUUCUUAUGUUCUUCGGUUUUAUUUUCUUUGCUGGUGAAGCGAUGAUGGCAUACAAGACCGUAAUGUCAGAACACCAGGGGCAGAAGUAUAUGCACGCCUUGUUACACCUGAUAGCUCUAUGUACCGGAAUAUUUGGGAUAUGCGCUGCUUUUAGAUACCAUGACAUGAGGCAGAUAGAUGACAUGUAUACCCUGCAUUCAUGGAUUGGCUUGGGCACCUUUAUCUUGUACGGUUUGCAGUGGCUGGUUGGAGCUGCUGCUUUCUUGUUUCCAGGAGGUACGGCAGAGUCGAGGUUGAGAUUAAUUCCAUGGCAUAUGAGUAUGGGCAGGACAAUUCUAUACUUGUCGAUAUGUGCUGCCCUAACUGGGUUGAUGCAGAAAUUCACAUUCCUUGGACUUUCGAAAGCGCUGGGAGACAGAGAAUCGCACUUGAUCAAUUUCACUGCACUAGCAAUCCUCCUCUUUGGCAUCUUCGUCGAUCUUUCUGUCGCCCUUGCCCGUUAUGUGUGAUAUGUAUAGUUUCUUAAUUUAAUUUCAGUCCUUUUCUUUUCUUUUCAGCUGGUCUAUUCAGUUGAAGACAUUGGUUUGGUGUUAUAUAUAAUGUUGAUUUCAUAUGUAUAAUCUUUUUUUUUCUUUUGGUGUGAUUCAUAUUUGAGCGAAUUUAUGUAUGAGGGAGGGUUCAUAUGGGAGACCAAUAUAUUGAUUACGAUAUGAAUUCAUUAUUUUUGCACUAA